UUUUUUUCUCCCUGCUACCCCUCAUUGAGCCACUUGAGCCUGGAGCAGAUGGAAAGAUUGUAGUCGGGGAGGAAAGUAAGCAAAGAGCAAAGAGAGAGAGAGAGAGAGAGAGAUUUGGAAGAAGCCAUGCAGAGAGUGAAGCAGCACAGCGACGAUGCUUGGUGAACUGAACCACUGAAAGGCUUUCUAUACCACUUUGACCAGAGAGAGAGAUCAAGGAAUCAGACAGGACAGUCCUGAAGGGGAGACAUCAACUUACAACUGACGGGCACAAAACCAGCCCAGGAACGUGGAGACUUCAAGAGAAGAGAAAGAAAGAGUUAGAGACGAGGAGUUGUACAGAUGAGAGUUAAAGCAGAGAGGCAGAAGGAGAUGCUCAGAGUGACCAGAUAAGAGAAAAAGUGAAACAAGUGUUGGACUGCUCAAAGAAAGGAGCGACACACCAGGGUCACCCGAACUAAAGCAAGUGAAACAGGGAGUUUGACAGACAGACGUAGAAGGACAGAGAUAAGACAAGGAUGGCCAACUCAGGUCUCCAGUUGUUGGGUUAUUUCCUGGCGUUGGGCGGCUGGAUCGGCAUCAUCUCCACCACCGCCUUGCCCCAGUGGAAGCAGUCGUCGUACGCCGGCGAUGCCAUCAUCACGGCCGUGGGUCUGUACGAGGGGCUGUGGAUGAGCUGCGCCUCGCAGAGUACGGGACAGGUGCAGUGCAAGAUCUUUGACUCCAUGCUCUCGCUGGACAUCCACAUCCAGACAUGUCGGGCCCUCAUGGUCGUGUCGGUGCUGCUGGGCUUCAUCGGCAUCAUCGUCAGCGUGGUGGGCAUGAAGUGCACCAAGGUGGGAGAUAACAACCCGGCCACCAAAACCCGCAUCGCCGUGACCGGAGGAGCUCUCUUCCUGCUCGCAGGUCUAUGUACGCUGGUGUCUGUGUCCUGGUACGCCACUCAGGUGUCCUAUCAGUUCUUCAACCCAAAUACACCGCCCAACGCCAGGUAUGAGUUCGGCUCGGCCCUGUUUGUGGGCUGGGCGGCGGCCAGCCUGACGGUUCUGGGCGGCUCCUUGCUGUGCUGCUCCUGCUCUAAAGAAGACAUGCGAGGGCAGCAAUAUUAUCGUCAAUCACAGCCUUCCACAACCAGGGAGGCAGAGUUGUUGAGUGAAACUAGUUUCCCUGACUGAUCAGCCCCCGCCUUUUUAUCGAGGAACUGUCCGCCUGUCCAUCCACUGUCUUCCCCCUCCCUUUGUUGUCCCUCCUUGUUGUCUCUUAGACCCUUUGGACCUCUUGUAGUUUUCCUCAGUACAUCUGCACCUUAUCGUUUUUUAACGGGAACCCAGAUGCAUUGUCUUCUCCCAUUGUUUCUCCCACCUUCGGAGCCUUUUUCUGUAAAUAUGGACUCUUACGUGAUCAAACCUUCUAUUUAAGAAAUGAGGUGACCUCCUCCAUUUCAGCCCGCCGACCCUCUGCUACACCUCCUACGCCCUUCUCUGUCUCAUUGUUGGCCGAGAAGUUAACAAUGAGUUGAAACCCUUUGUGAGGUUUUUAUUGCGCUGAUUUAUGAUUCUCCCCCCCGCCCUCCCCCCUCCCCUUAUAUCCUAUGACCUCUGGGUGUUUUUUUUUUGUAAAUGUGUCUCUUGGGUUUAUUUUGUGCGCUGUGACUGUACUUUGACUGAAACAUGUCUUUUUUUUCCCUUUUGAAUUGCAGACCAAAUGUUAAAAGUACCCCACCAGAGAAAAGGGAGCAGUACUUGUAGUUUGGGAGAGUCUUCUGGGCCUUACCAUGGUUUUAGAUUCUGUCAACACACAAAAAAACCCUCUCACUGAGGAACUCAAAACAGACAAACAGACACCGUUAAAGAAAGAAUUUAUGAACGUGAGUCUUCGUUGAAGUCAAAUUUUGGGAGGUUUUCUGAAAUAGAUGAUAUCCUGGUCUUGUCUGUUUUGUUGCCUUUGGGAGAGAUGCUCAUUCAGGGUAUGUUUUCUAUAACAUGUUAAAAAUGCCCGGGUGUAUAUACCACCUACUUUUAUUCCUUUUUUUUUUUUUUACUACAUAUAUAAUGUUUUACUACAGUGCCUUAUAUAACACAUGUUUGUGCACAUGUAUGUUUUUGACUUCUUUAUAUAGUCUCCCAUCCCGUCUGAGGGAUGCGUGUCCAUAUAGUUCCUCCGCCAGCAGCUCUGUGUGCCUUUUUUUCUAUUGUUGGAUUUGUGAAAAUGAAUGUGAAGCUACUCUACAUACAGUACCACUUAUGAAACAACAACAUACGAUAGAUCUUAGUGCCUCCAUGCCACUGUUUGUAAUGUGCCUGUUUUCCAAAGUAGCCUGGAUUGAGGAUAUACCCAGUACAUUCAUUCUGUUUUGUGUUAAGUGCCAAUAUGAUUUUUUUUGUGUGAAUGACAGAGUCACUGUAUUAUUGACUUGUAUAAAGGAUGUACUGUACUGUGUGUUGUUGUCUCCUGUACUAAGGAACUGUUCAAAAGCCCUUCUGAUGCCUGCAUUUAUUUACCAUGCCAUUCCUUUCUCUAAUAUUUACCUCCUCAAUGUCGUGUAUCAUCUCAUUUACAGUAUACCCUUGUCUGUUUCUUUUAGAAUAAAGUAAACAGAAACAUAAAAUAAAAAUGGAUUUGGUUAUGCUUUA